AUGGAGCCUCCUAUGUCUGAGUAUUACGAAAUUUUUGAGGAGUUCUGUGGAGUUCUAAUGGAUAAACGUUUCACCAAAUAUUGGGAUGAUGUUGAAACAUUCUUGGCCAGGCCAGACGACCUUGUGAUUGCUACUUAUCCUAAAUCUGGAACCACAUGGCUAAGUGAAAUUGUAUAUAUGAUCUAUAAAGAAGGUGAUGUGGAAAAAUGCAAGGAGGAUGCAAUCUUUAACAGAAUACCUUACCUGGAAUGUAGAAGUGAAGACCUAAUAAAUGGAGUGAAACAAUUAAAAGAGAAGGAAUCUCCUAGAAUUGUGAAAACUCACCUGCCAGCCAGUCUUCUUCCAGCAUCAUUUUGGGAAAAGAAUUGCAAGAUAAUCUAUCUAUGCCGGAACGCCAAGGAUGUGGUGGUUUCUUAUUAUUACUUUUUCCUAAUGGUAACUAGUUUUCCAAACCCUGAUUUUUCAGAAUUUGUGGAGAAAUUUAUGCAAGGACAAGUUCCGUAUGGUUCCUGGUACGAUCAUGUCAGAUCUUGGUGGGAAAAGAGUAAGAAUCCACGAGUGCUAUUUAUGUUCUAUGAGGACAUGAAAGAGGAUAUCAGAAGAGAAGUGAUAAAACUGAUAGAGUUCCUGGGGAAGAAGCCCUCAGCAGAGCUCUUGGACAAAAUCAUUCAACACACCUCAUUCCAGGAGAUGAAGAACAAUCCAUCCACCAAUUAUACAAUGAUGCCAGAGCACAUGAUGAACCAAAAAGUAUCGCCUUUCAUGAGAAAGGGAAUCACGGGAGACUGGAAGAACCACUUCUCAGCAGAGCUAAGGGAGAGAUUUGAUAAGCACUAUGAAGAACAGAUGAAGGACUGCACUGUGAAGUUCAGAACAGAGCUCUGAGAUGCUUCCUUUUCUUGCAUCUGAAACUGGAAUGUUCUUCACUUUAUC